GUUGAAGGAAAAACUCGAAAAAAGACUCUUCGUGCUGCCUUUCCAGUCAGAUUCCAUUCAGCCCACCAGUUGUUGUGUGGUUGUUGAAUGGAUGAGGUGUACCUAGGGGCUUUACUCGCACCGGGUUUUAGGUUUAGCAGUGAGUGAAUUCUUUGAUCAUCUAGAGGUCAACUUCUCUGGCUUAUUAUCAUACGAGAAGGAUGUUUUGAAUUCUUAUUGGGAUUAUUGUGAGUGAUUGUGCAACUUGUUCCUUCUGUUGUUGGAUAAAAUUGGUUGAAUUAUGUUGAUUCCAAGGAAGUAAAGGGUUGCUAAAACAGGAAAAACCAUCCUUCGCUUCUACUACCUAGUGGCUUGGUGUGCAAUAACUGUUAUAAAGAAAUACGGUUAAGAGGCACGGUAAUUUGUGUAAAGAAGUGAUCGUCACCAACUUGCCUCUUCUGGGAUACACUCCGUUCAAAGAAGAAAAAGUAUAAAGACGUGGAAUAAAAGCGCAGCGCAUGAACGAGAUCGUAAAGCGGAUAUCUUUACAAACACCAUAAGAAGUGGACGCGCGAAGGAUUUUUCUCAGCACUCAAUUGGAAUUUCUGCUAAUCUGUCUGUCGUAGUGUAUAGCGAACUGUGCAGACAGAACUACGAUGGUGCAAAGGAGGUCUUAAAGACCAUGUGAUCACCGAACUGCUGCCUUUGAUGCUGAUGCGCUAGAUUUGCCGGCCACCAGUGGUCUAUGUGGGCAUACGAACUAUGGCACUGCGAUUGCGCAAGGAUGUUCAGAAGGCAUCCUACUACGUGUGGUUUCUCGGAGCACAGGAGGCGAAAGGACUUCGUGGUUCGCGAGUUCUUCUUCCGGUAAUUCCUCGCUUGAUCGAAAAAUCCAAGGAACAUGAACCACUUAAAAUCACGCUACAGAUAUCACACAAGGGCUUGAAGAUUGUACAGGGUUCGGCAAAGCAUUUCAUCCCUCAUGGUGCUAUAACAUGUUCUGUACAGGCAGAAGAUAUUGUAGCGUGCAUCCUGCUGCUGUACAACCCAGCUACCAAAUGCCCGCUUCACGUGCACGCAUAUCGGUGCGACUCGGAGACUACCGCCCAGGCGCUGAAUGACCAGCUGCAGAUACUAAUCAAUCGACCAGAUAAUCAGAAACGAUUCGCUGAGUUAGAAACUAGACUGGGUUUACCUGCGCAAUUAACAGCAUCGGUAGUGACUGCGGCUCCGGAAAGAAAGCAGCAAAAACAGCAGAUGCCUAGACGAUUUGAUUCGCCACGUCGAUUUGACUCAUCACACGGAAGUGACACGGGUACUAGUACUAGAGAAUCGGAAUGCAGUGAAGAGCAACAGCACUCGCCGACCGGUCCCUUAUCGCCGAUUUCUAACCAAUCUAAAUUGUAUGAUUCGUUGGCUGCAGAGCUGCGCGAAAAGUUAAACGGAGGAGUUCCCCUGUUAUUGCCGGCAAAGGAUAGCGAAAAGACGGCUACUAACGAUUCUAGAAGAUGUCGAAACCCUUGCAUCGUGGGAUCGGUUACGUCGGUGGGUAACAAGAACGGUGUGUCAUCGCGUGGUUCUUCCGGAAUCGGAUCCGAUUUGGCUCCCAGUCCAGAACGACAGGAUGCUCAUAGUUCUAGCGACGAGGAAUGGGUCAAUGAUCCUCAAGUUUCCUUCGCAAGUUCAUCGCAUCAGCGUGUGUUAAGUAACCGAGCUAAGGAGCGGUACCCGGAAGAUCCGAUGUCUCGUCCGAAUAAGUAUCGGGAACCUCCAACGUCAUAUCUGUACCCGAAUGUGCGACAGGAGCAUCAUCACCGUUUCCAACGUUCGUCCAGUCGGGAAGAAGACAACAGUCUGCGUGGAUCAGUCAAUUCUCGCGAGGAAGAUGUUAAGCCUAUCAUUACGAAACCAACUCCAUUGCAGACCCGGUUCAGAGAUGCAUUCAACAAUGAACCGUUUGCAGCUGAAGACCGCAAAAAAAAGAUUACGAUCGAUGAAAAGCGAUACGAGCACGAAAUUAUGCAUAGGAAACCGAUUUACCCUGAUCGGUAUCUUGAAAACGAGCGAGCCGAAAAUUUCCAAUUUAAAAAGUCACCAACGAGUGCGAAGUAUUACGAUGGAUAUGAUAAUGAGAAAAGCCAUUACCGCGAGAACUUGACCGACCGUCAAAAAUAUAGGGAAAUCAUUUCCGAAUCCUCAAAAUAUCGCGAAGAAUCGCAUAAACAAAUGGGCUACAGGGACGAAUAUAGAGAAUAUUCCCCAGAAAGGACACAAAGCAGAAAUAAAUAUCCACCUUCCUACGAUGAUCAUCGAGAUUUCAAGAUUGAGCGCGAGUUCCGAGAACAUCCUCGCAAUUCAUCAAACAGAGAACAUCACUAUGUUCGCGAUGGAAGCCCCGAUGAACAGUUCAGGGGUGGUUUCAAUGAUCGUAGACCUUGCAGAGAUAGCGAUCCCAACACGUAUAGAGAUCAGAUGGAACAGGUAGGCAAAGCGCCCCUGUCUCGUUUCAAGUCCUCGGACGAUUCGAAACGUAAUCGCGAGAAAUACGAUGAUCGUUGGGAGCGUCAUCCUAUGUAUCCGGAGGAUAAUGGUUCUGACGAAAAAUACCGAGAUGUGUCAUCCCGCUACCGAGAUGACAUCAGAAAAUCUCCGAUUAUCAAAAGUGUCGAAGUACGAACGAAAACAGUAGAUAUUAAAACUAGUUCCCCUGAAUCUACCAUACGCAAAGUGUCUCCGAAAGACAGGUUCCAAAAUGCGAAAGAGAAGUUCCAGCAAAUGGAACGAGAACGUCAUGAGCAAGAGCGUAUCGAACGGGAGCGUCACGAACGGGAGCAAUUGAUUCACGCGAAACGUGCAGCGGAAGCACCGAGAAGAAGUUCUCUGGAGGCGGUAGUCGUGAGCUCCCGUGACAGUAAUGAUUGGAGUUCGGACGAAGAAGAUAUUCCGCCGAGAGGACCCGUCCGCUCAUCUAAUAGUGUCGGUUAUCGUGAGGUAGAGACAACCGAUUGCUAUCCGGGAUUGGAUCGUGAGCCGAUGUCAGCGCGUAUAGUGCCUGCAAAAAGCCUUGGCAAUUUGUCCAAAGGCUAUCGCCAUAGCUACGCUGAGCCACGGCCGCCUCCAGUUUCGCGAAGCAGUGGUCGUGUUGGGCUAGCCGCGGUUAAACCGUAUUGAAAUUUUCUAUAGCUGGUUUAUUAAUGGUGUUACUGUUGAAUACAGUUGUAAUAUAUAAGUAUGUUAAUGUGCUAACGCUAUCGUCGGUUUUGAAACAACACAAAUCAACUAGCGAAACAUCUAGAUCGAUUACACCUCAUGCUCACGCAGAAUACACAUAACUUGCAUGUUUUCAAGUGCCUUAUAGAAAUAAACAGCAUAAUAGCAUUGAUGUAAACUCACUGUAAAUCCGCAUCUGAAUAUAUUCACAAUAAAUGAUUGAAUAGUAGCGCGAA